AUGGACAAGGCGGCGGGGCCGCCGUGCGAGCCCGUGGGCGCUCCCGGCGCGGGGCACGGCGUGGCCGCUGCCGCCUGCCCCGUGCCGGGCGCCGAGCGGGACGCGGCCCCGGCCCCCUCCGCCGAGCGGCCUCCGGGCAGCGGCUGCCCCGGGCUGUCCGCGGCCGCGGGGCUGUCCUCGGCCGCCGCCAAGGCGCCGCAGGCUUCGGCCAUGAAGAGGAGCGACCCGCACCACCCCCAGCACCGGCACCGCGACGGCGGCGGCGACAGCGGCGGCGCCGCGGCCGAGGCGCUCGUGAGCCCCGACGGCACCGUCACCGAGGCGCCGCGCACCGUCAAGAAGAUCCAGUUUGCCGACCAAAAGCAGGAGUUCAACAAGCGCCCGUCCAAGAUCGGCCGCCGCUCCCUGUCCCGCUCCAUCUCGCAGUCCUCCACGGACAGCUACAGCUCAGCUGCCUCCUACACGGACAGCUCCGACGAUGAGACCUCCCCCCGGGACAAGCAGCAGAAGAAUUCCAAAGGCAGCAGCGAUUUCUGCGUGAAGAACAUCAAACAGGCCGAGUUCGGGCGCCGGGAGAUCGAGAUCGCUGAGCAAGAAAUGCCCGCGCUGAUGGCUCUGAGGAAGAGAGCUCAGGGGGAGAAGCCGCUGGCCGGGGCCAAGAUCGUGGGCUGCACACACAUCACGGCCCAGACCGCGGUGCUGAUGGAGACUCUGGGAGCGUUGGGUGCCCAGUGCCGAUGGGCCGCCUGCAACAUCUACUCCACCCUCAACGAAGUGGCUGCUGCCCUCGCUGAGAGUGGUAGGAAACACGGGUUGUUUCCUUUCCAGAUCCUGGAUGAUGGGGGAGAUCUCACUCACUGGAUCUACAAGAAAUAUCCCAACAUGUUUAAGAAGAUCAAGGGGAUAGUGGAGGAGAGUGUGACAGGAGUCCACAGGCUGUACCAGCUGUCCAAGGCAGGCAAGCUCUGUGUCCCAGCCAUGAACGUCAAUGACUCGGUCACGAAGCAGAAGUUUGACAACCUGUACUGCUGCCGGGAGUCCAUCCUGGACGGCCUUAAGAGGACGACGGACAUGAUGUUCGGAGGGAAGCAGGUGGUGGUUUGUGGCUAUGGGGAGGUAAGAGGGCCCCGUUUUCCAGGGGGGAGGAAUCCUUGGCACUUGGCUCUUCCCACGUGGAUUUUUCCAUCCUCGGGGAUUUGUCUGCACCUGCACCUUCAAACCCGAGGGCUCGGCCAAAAACUGAAGGUUUUCCUAAUUGCCAGUGUGUUUCUUUAUUAUGGAGGAGAUGCCAAAGCUGGAUCUUAACUGGCACGAGGAUUAAAUAUUCAGAAUAUCUUUAAUGUCUAAAUACUGGCAUAUCCAGGGAUUAAUACAUCACACAGGGAUGUAUCUUUUAUAUUAUAUAUUAUAUUUAAGAUAAUAUUACAACAUUCAGAGGUUCUGCACAGCGUUGCAUGUUGAUGCGUGGUCAAGGAAAAGAAGUUAUUCAUU